AUGGGCAAGGUCAAACUCUUCCCGACGCCCGAGUUCCAGGUGCAGCAGCCCCGCGACCCCGUGGUGCCCAGGCUGCCGGCGAACGGCGUGCUGGUGGGUCCGAGUCGCACAGGCAAGACCGUGCUCCUCGUGUCCAUGAUCUUGGAGCAGUACAGAGGCUGCUUUAACUACAUCAUGUCACCUUCCGUGGACAUAGAUUCUGCCUGGGACCCCGUGAAGGACUACAUUCGCGAGGAGCUGGGCGUCGACACAGACCGUGAGCAGGCUUGGUGGACCGAGUGGGACGAGGACGCGCUGCGCCGCAUCAUGGAGCAGCAGAAGCGGAUCACACAGCAGUCCAAGCGCCUGGGCAUGAAGAAGCUGUACCAAGUUUUGCUGGUACUCGACGACGUAGCGGACGCCAAGGGGGUCCACAACAGGACCGGGGAUGGCAUGCUGGACAAAUUGUACAUCAGAGGCCGCCAUUACAUGAUUUCAACGUGGACCAGCACCCAAAAGCUGCGACUGAUGAGCUCGGCGGUGCGGGUGAACAUCAUGUUCGCUUGCGUUUUCCGGCUGCGGAACCGCUUGGAACUGGAAGCUCUAGUGGAAGAAUUGAGUGCGCUCGUAGACAAGGAGACGCUUUACGGGAUGUAUGAGGAAGCCACCAGGGAGAAGUACUCUUUUUGGUACGUCAACCUGCUGGCGCCCAAAGAGGAGGCCUUCUGGGUGCGCUUCGAGCGAAAAUUCGUGCUGGACGGCGCCGCGGAGCCCGCGCAGCCCGCGGAGCCCCAGCAGCCGGUAAAUGGGCGGCAUCCUCUCGGCGGCGGCCAGCAAGCUGCUGGGGGGUGCUGCAGCAGCCAGCCCAACGUCUACGACCCUCGCCUGGCCACUCUGCCGACCACUUGGGGCCAGCGCGGCGUGUCGGGUGAGUCCACGGCCAGCGGGCCGUUCCGGUUUAGGAGAAACAAGCCGGUUGUGUCGACCAUAUACGUCGACUCCAGGAACCGCGUCUCGGGCUCCGACAGCAACUUCACCUUCGAGCUCCCGGAGACGCUGCACAUGCAGACGAGCGCCAAAAUGGCGGUCUACAAGGUGCGCAUCGCAGACGCGUUUCUGAGCACCGACAGGGGCACGCACCUCUACUGGAUCGACGUGGCCCUGGGCACGCUGAACACGGCGGAGCUGCCCGUGGGCGCCUACACCGGCGCGCGGCUGGCGGCCUGGAUCUCCUCCAACUUCGCAGCCGCCACCUACGUGGAGGCCACGAACGCCGUCGAGGUGGCCUACGACUCGAACCGCCGCAUACUCUCGGACGCGGAGCUGCGGGACCUGUUCCCGAACGGCCCGGGGUACCCCCAGGGCGCCUCCGCUACCCGCCCCCAGAGCAUCAACCACCUGCUGGGCGGCAGCUACCUGGACGGCGCGCUGCAGAUCUUCCCGUGGGUGUCCAUGAACGCCUACAACGAGGUCUACCUGCGGUGCCGGGAGCUGGGCAACGCGGCCCACAUCCUGGGCCCCUUGGGGACGGACAUAAUUUGCAAGGUCAUCGUGGACAGGCAGCAGGCGCGGAGGAACCUGCUGGAGCAGCCGAGCUGGUGGGAGAGGCUCCUGCAAUGGCUGAUCCCGCCCCCGCUCCCCCUCCCACACCUCGCCCUGGGGUGGUGGCCGUGCCCGCCGCUGAGGACGCCAGAGGAUGAGUGCCCAAGCGCAGGGGCCGCCCGGCCGGUUCAAAGAACAAGCCCAAGCUGCCGGCGACGGUCCCCGCCGCCGACGCUGGGGGAGGCGGUCAGCCGCAGCCGGCGAGCGCGGAUGAUGCCCCUGGAGCGCCGCAACGAGCCCCAGAUGCUCAGGAGCUUCUGGCAGAAGUACCCGAGCUACAACGUGAAUCCGCUGCUCCACAAGCGCUACAACGAGCUCCUGGAGGCCCGGGCCUUCAACAAGUGGCUCGAGGAGCGCCGGACGCGCAAGGAGGGCGAGGAGUACACCGACGCGGUGGGCCGGCUGACGGAGGUGCUGGGAUACAUCGAGGAGGGCGAGCCCCUGGCCAUCGGGCUCCCGAACCGGAAUGCCUCCAUCUACAUGAGCUCGCACUUCAGGCUGGACGACUUCCCCGCAUCCAGCGAGUCCCUGAGCGACGAGCCACUGCCCCACACCCACCUGAACCCCGCGGAGGCCUUCGAGGACGCCCGCGAGGAGGACGGCUACCGGGGCACCCCGUUCCCGCGCCGGGACUUUCUGCGCCCAAGGCCCUUCGCUGCCGAUUCCGACAGUGAAUUGGGAGCGGACCCCGGCCAAGCGCUGAGGCAGGACGGGCUGGCACUGCCCGACGCCCCGAGCCUGGGAGACCGCGUGCUGGGCGGGCUCCAGAGGGCCGAGGCCGCGGCGGGCGCGGCGGCGGGCGUGGUGGGCUCUGUAGCCUCCAUCGCGGCCCACUCCGGGGACCUCUACCACCACGGGCUGCGGGGCCGGCAGUGGCUGGACCGCACGCUGCGCAUCCCCAGGACGCCGGAGGGCCUGGCGCCCCCACCGGACGAGGUGGCCCCGCCGCAGAUCAUCGGCUGGCCAAGCGAAGUGGAGCCGCUGCUGGAGCGGGCGGGCCAGCGGGCCGCGGAGGUGGAGCGCCAGGCGGCGCAGGACAUCGAGGCCUUCACGCAGGGCCAGAUGGCCGAGGCGGAGGCCGAAGGCUUCGCUUCCGCGGCGGAGGCCGCGGCCUCGCGCGCCGAGGCGGCGGCGGCCGCGGAGGCCACGGGGGGAGGCGCGCUCGCGGCCAUCGGCUCCGGGCUGGCCGCGUCGGGGGAGGCGGCGCUGCCCGUGGCCGCCACGGUGGGCGCGGCGGCGGGCGGCCUGGCCGUGGCGGGCGCGGGGGCGGCCCUGGUGGGCACCGCGUGGGCGCUGCACGGCGGCAUGCUGGCGGCCGAACACUUCCUGGGCUGGGGCGAGGGCGGCGGAGGCACGGACAGCGACCAGUCGAGGCCCAGCUCCGCCGUGGACGUGCAGACGCUGAACGGCAUGCAAGAGGCGGGCGCGCAGCAGCACUUCUCGCUCCGGGAGCAGCGGCCGCGGCUGCAGGUCUUCAGGAUGGACGCGGACUCGGAAGCGGAGCCGAGGGCCCAGCCGCCCCCGAGGCUGCAGAGCCGGCAGGCCCGGCAGCCCGCGCUGCCCUUCGGCCUGAACCCCGGCGCGUCCAGCAUGCCGAGGCCGCAGGGCCGCUCGAGCGGCUCCGACAGCUCCGCCGCCGGCAGGCAGAGCCGCCGCUCCAGCCGCGCCUCGCUGCCGGAGCCCUCGUUCGACCAGCUCAGGUCCGUGCAGUUCUUCCCGAGCUCCUUGAGCACCUUCACGCCCACGACCAGCCGCGUGGCCAGGAUCCCGCUGACCAGCGGAAUGGACUUCAUGGACCCUGAGAGCGUGAAAAUCGCCUUCCGGGUGCGGAACACCGACGGACAGGGCGGGCAGGUUUUCCCCGGCUCCUUCGAGGGCAGCUGCUUCAUCAAGCGCGUGCAGCUUUUUGACUUUGAGAACGCAGUCCUGUCAGACAGAACCUAG